AUCUGGCUAAGUAUUGUCAAAGGGGAGACCCAAAAAUUGAGUAAAGAAGAAGUAACCUUGAAAAAUCGAUUAAAACAAUUAUUUAAAUAAGUAAUUUUCAAAGUUAACUUGAUUUAUAGUAUUCUUUUUAAUAAUGGAGAAACAAAACAAAGUCAAGUCACGGAGAAAGUUCGUGGAUCCAGUAUUUCAUUUACAAACUAAAGAUGAAGAGAAUCAACACAUCACAAAAGAUGUGAUAAAAAAAGUAAGAAGUACAGGGCAGCUGAAUUUAUCCUCAAGGCAUAUGUCUGAAGUUCCAGAAAAAUUGUUUUCAAUAUAUGAAGUUACUAAUGAAAAUGAAAUAAAUGUAGAUUUAAGCAAACCAGUGAAAGAAGAGGAAGCAUGGUGGAAUAUGAAACCUCUAACUCAUCUAGACCUUAGUUCUAAUGUUUUAAUUAAGUUACCAAAGCAAAUUGGCCUGUUCCAGGACUUAAUGGUUUUAAAUUUACAUGAUAACUUAUUAACCGAACUGCCAGAAGAAAUUGGUGCUUUGAGAAAAUUAACAAAACUAUCUUUGAAUCAUAACAAAAUUGCUCAUUUAACACAAGAAUUGUAUAAGGUGGUGGAGCUUAAACAGCUUUUUAUAAGCCAUAAUUGCUUAGAUUCUAUUUCCAAAGAUAUGUCAGAUUUGGUAAUGCUAGAAAAAUUGGAUUUAUCUAAUAAUGUGAUAACAAGCUUACCGUCGGGCAUAGGGUUUCUAGUUAGACUUACAGAAUUUAACGUAUCACAUAAUAACUUGAAGAAUUUACCUCCAGACAUAGUAAAUUUAAGAUCCCUUCUUAAGCUGGAUAUUAGCCACAACAGUAUUACUAAAUUACCUAAUAUGGGAGAGCUCCGAAAAUUACAAAUAUUUUACGCUCAACACAAUGAUAUUCAAGAAAUUCCGGACUUCUGCGGAUGCGAACAAGUUCAAGAGAUAUAUUUUGGAAAUAAUUACAUAAAGGAUAUCCCAUUAGAGUUUUGUGAUAAUAUGAAGCAUUUGAAAAUACUAGAAUUAAGAGAUAACCAAAUUACCAGUGUACCUACUGCAAUUACAAAAUUGAUCAAUUUAAUCAAAUUAGAUUUGACCAAUAAUGAUCUCGAAGAAUUACCAAACACGAUAGGUCUAAUGCCGCAUCUGUUAUCGUUAAAAAUUGAUGGUAACAGAUUAAAACUAAUAAGACCUGACAUUAUUCAUGCUGGUACCAACAGAAUUCUUCGACAUCUAAAAGAGAAAAUUAGUGAUGAAGAUUUAAAGGCACUUCACAUACCUUCAGAUGUAUCACUUAAUAACAGAAUUUUUCCUAAUCGGUAUACUAUGAGACAUGGUAAUUUUCUUAAUUUAGCAAAGAAAAAUAUAUCUGAAAUACCUGAAGAAUGCUUCAUUGAAGCAAAAGAAGCCAAAGUUACCUGUGUAGAUUUGUGUAAAAAUAAAUUUGUCGAUAUUCCUGCUGGAUUACAAAUACUAUCCACUACACUAACAGAAUUAAAUAUUGCUUCAAACAAAAUAAGCAAAGUACCAGAGUUUUUUAUGAAUCUUACGAUAAUAAAGUAUUGUGAUCUGAGUGGUAAUCAACUGAACGAUUUACCGGACUGUUUAUCUAAUCUUGUCCAUAUGCGAGAAUUAAUAUUAAGUAAUAAUAGAUUUAUUAAAAUCCCAAAUUGUAUUUUCCACAUGAUUGGUUUAGAAAUUCUUUUGAUGAAUGAUAAUAGUAUUGAAGAUAUCCCUAUAGAGGAUUUAAAAUUAUUAAAAAGAAUCGCUACAUUGAAUUUGAGUAACAAUAAUAUAAAUUUUGUUCCACCCGAACUUGGAAAUAUGACGCAAUUAAAAUCUUUGGAACUAAAUGGAAACCCGUUUCGACAACCAGGAUAUGCUAUAUUGCAAAAGGGGACUGACUCGAUUCUCUCAUACUUGAGAAACAAGCUUCCUCUAUGAUUUUACAAAGCUGUUUCUACUUAAAAUUCGUUAUUUCAAUUAGCAAAAACUUCCAUUUUUCUAAAUGGAACAUCCAGUAUAUUAUUUUACCAUCUUAUAAAACAAGUAACCACUAAAUGUGGCAUUUAAAAUACUUCUAGUUUUUGUGACAAAAUCAAACCAGUAAUUUUAUAUCCAUGGGCGGACCUAGAUCAAAAUGUUUGGGGGUGCCAGCUAUCCUAAAUUAUGAGUCACUGUAUGCUCAAAUUCAAACACAAAAAUCCUAUUUACAUGGUCCAUUUUAAUGCUUAUCCCAAGUAGGCCCUAGCUGUUUCAUUUAUUAUAACAAAAAUAAAACCCCCAAAAUUUUAUUAAUAUAGCUCAUUUCAGUUGAGAGAACUGUCUAUCUACUUCAGAAUUUUAUUUGAAAACUGCCCUAGAAUAUUGCUUUUAUUCGUUGCUAGAAAAGCUGUAUGAGAAUUUUAAAUAGCAUUUAUUUCUUUUUGAAGAAAAUAGUUUGUUUACCUGUAUUUAACCUAGUUAAUUUGAUUUGUUUAAUUAAUCACCGUAGGAAAGAACUGAGGAAUAUAAAAAUGCUCAUAACAAAUUAAAUUAAAAGUAACAUUAUUUUAAUUACACAGUACUGUGAAAACUUCAAGUUUAACAAGAAAAAAAUGAUUGUUUUGUUUGUGAGUUAGAUAGUGAUUACUGUAUAACGAAAGUCUUUUUAUUCUUCGUAGUUAUUAAUGUCUCUUUACCAAUUAGGCUUUCCUUAUAUUCGUCGACCUUUCGAAAGAUACAAGUCUGCAAGUUUAUCAUAGUCCAUGUCCUUUACUAUGUCACUUUCUGAGGACAGCACCAUUAGGUCCGCCAGACAUUCUUCGUUCAUUGUCGAACGCAGCCUGUUGUUUAUUAUCAAUUAUCCGAAUUGCUGAGAAUGUCCUUUCGCAUGUCACACUGUUGGAAGGCAAGGUACAAGCAGCACAUAUCAUUUUGUGUAAGUUGGGGUACGUUGAAGCACUGAUGGUUUCGAUUAAAACAGGAACAAGUUUUUUCAAUGGUGAAGUUGCCAAAUUUAUCAAAAUAUUGUCAGCAUCCUUCAUUUCUUGCACAACAAGCUUAGCGAGGUUCAUUUCUGUUGACAUUUGCCAUAUCAUAAUCACCUAAGGUUUGCAGAUGAUAUUGUCCUCAUAACUGAUGAAUUAGGCGACGCAAAAAACAUGGUACAAGAUUUGCAAAUCACAACAAAGAAAGUUGGUCUAAAAAUAAAUUUCAAUAAAAGCAAGAUGAUGAUAAAUUUAGUUCCUAGUCAGCCACUAAAUGUGGACAACAAAGAUAUUCAUGUACCAGAGACAACAGAACUGUCUCGAAGAACAACACUAGGAUGGGCUUCGUUUGGUAAAUUACGAGAUGUGUUCAAAGGAGAUGUGCCAAUCGGCCUUAAGAGAGAAGCCUUUAACCAAUGCGUUCUCCCAGUCCCAACUUAUAGCGCGGAGACCCUGACAGUAACUAGAAGAUCAAUACUUAAAUUACACAGCAUAAAAUGGAAAGGUCUAUGCUUGGCAUCACUAUGAGGGAUAGGAUAAGGAAUGACGAAUUGCGCAGACGAUCUGGAGUUGAAGAUAUCAUAAACCAAAUACUGAGACAAAAAUGGCGGUGGGCGGGCCAUGUUGCAAGGAUACAAGAUAACCGAUGGACAAAAAGAAUUCUAGACUGGAGACCGAGAACAGACAGACGAGAUCCAGGAAGACCCCCUACGAGAUGGACUGACGAUAUUAAAAGAAUACGGAUAAAUUGGGUAGCAACCGCUCAGAGCAGGGAAAACUGGAAGUAUUUAUAGGAGGCCUAUGUCCAGCAGUGGACGAGAAAAGGCUGAAUGAUGAAGUGUCUAUGAAGAACAUACUUUUUUCUAUGUUCAAUCGCAUAAACUGUUCGGAUGACAUUGCCAGUUUCAAGCACUCUUCCGAAAAUCUUCUUUUCAUCUCAUUCAAUAGCAAGUCCAUAACAGGAUAGUAGAAAUUCGUCCUGAAGUUGAUGCUUUAGCUGAUGCUGUUGUUAUUACUAAUUUAUUUGAGCAGAUAACUAAUUUAGCUUUGGAUAAAACGUUCAAAAAGGUACUGAAAAACAAACAACGUGUUGACGCUAUUGAAUGUGUUUAUUAACUACUACUAAAAAGGAAAGAAAAAGGAAGACAAUACAUCCAUUAGGUUACAAUAAAUGAACAUGUCGCCACGCAGCUCGUGAACUUUUGGUAUUAUUUCCAACAGAUGCGGCUGACCCUUUUCCAUUGGAGUUUGGGCUUCCAAUGUUGUCAGCGAGUCUGUGCCCAACAGGUGUGUUAAAGACAUAGCUGUCAAGUCUGCUAGACAGUACCCUACGCCAUUUACUGCCUUUGGGCAAGCUUACAUCAGUGGCUGUGGAUGUACUAUCACCACUGCCCUUAGAUGGGGUUUGUUUUUGCAAACUGAAUUACCUUCUUUCAAAUCUGGGUCCAUUUUUCCUCGGUUUUCCAGCUUUCCAUAAUCUUUAUUGCUCCUUUAAUGGUUGACGAGCAAGUAGCGAUGCUGCUGUUCUCUUUCUGUAAGGCCUUGCUCAGCACAUUCACAUGGGUCAAAAUUUCGGAAAAAACCAAAAGGCAGGCAAUAAACUCUAAACUCAAGAUUGAAGCAAGUAUACCUUUUGCUUCCGGCGCCCUCGCAUGCCUCGCAUCAAAACAAACCGACGUAGUCAUACUGUCGUCCAAAAAAUUCUAUUUAAGAACAAAAUGCAUCCUUACCAUAUACAGCGAAUGCAGGAACUAUUGGAUGAUGAUUAUGAAAAGCGGUUAACCUUCUGUUAGUGAGCUCAAGAAAACAAUUCAGCGAAACAGAUUUUUUCAACUUUGCCGAUUAAGCAAAAUUUCAUAAAAAUGGAUUUGUAGAUUGACACAAUGUCCAUUAUUAUGCAACAAAUCAACCUCAUUGUAUUCGGACUAUCAGUCAACAAAGUGGUCAUUAAAUUAUGGGAUGGAAUAAUUGGGAAUCAUGUCAUACUCUUAUAUUUCUUUGACGGAACUGUUAAUGGGCAAGUUUAUAUAAAUUUCUUACAAAACGAAUUACCUCAACUACUUCAGUAAUUACCUGCUCAUGAUAGGCGGCGAAUGUGGUACCUACAUGACGGUAUAAGAGUUUACCAUACGUAACUGAUAAAUACACAUUUAAAUAAUGAAUUUCCUGGACGAUGGAUACGUCAAAGAACAAGUAUACAAAACACCCGCGACUACUAAGGAAGACAUGAAGAAUAGAAUUAAGGAGGUUCUCCAAACUGCUGAUGUCAAUAGGUUACAUCGAGCUAGUAGAGCUUUUGUUAAUUUUUAGUUUUGUAGAUACCGAAUUUAUCUUAUUACAGUUUUUGAAGGUAUAAAAUUAGUGGUUUGAUUUUGUCACAAAAACAGUAUUUUAGUAUUUUGAACGUCACAUUUAGUGUUUACUUGUUAAACUUGUUAAAAAGGUGAAUAUUUUUAAAUCGUAAACUAAGAACUAACUUAGAAUUAUGAUACAUAAUUUGAAGGGAUAAAAUUGUUUAGAUAGUAAAAUAAUAUACUGGAUGUUCCAUUUAAAAAAAUGGAAGUAUUUGCUAAGUGAAAUAUUCUGAAUUAAUGCUUAUCUAAAAAAAACCCCGAACCUUAAACGAAACUUCUACUCUGAUUACCAGACAGCAUUUAUAGUGUACUAAUUUUCGCUAAAUAGUCAUAUUUUUCGCUCCAACUUGGCAACGUCACAAUUUAUGGGAAAAGAAAAGAGAGGGCUAGAUGCAGAAUUUUACGCUAAAUUCGAUGGUAAACAAAUAUACAGGGUAUCCUGUCCUUAGGCUGAACACCCUAUAUAUCUCAAAAUAUAUUAGAAAUGAAUCUGUGCAAAUAUAACAACUUUUAUUUGAAAAUUUUUUUGUAUAUUUUAUCUUAAGUAAGUUAUGCACUUCCAAAAACUAAUGGUCCACCCCGUAUAAAAAAAUAACAUAGCAUGUUAUGAGGUAUCAGAAGUAAUGAGUAACGUAACAAGUAUUAAUUGUUAUAGAAAUAAAUACAUAUGGAUACACGUUUUUUCGUUACUUUUACCCCUCUAUACAUAGCCGAACAAUCAAAAAUUGUUCCUCAAAUUGUUGACACAAUAAUGUUGUAGUAGAUGUAUAAGAACCAUACUUUCUGUUCCCAAUAAUAUUUGUAGCAGAAUUUUAUAAACUUGUAUAGUUUAGUAUAUGUUUCAAUAUCACAAAGCAGUAAUCAAAAACUUCACUUAACAACGAAUACAAAAUCACCCAACGUAUAAUUUUUAUUAUACAUAGAGGAAGCGAUAGUCCAAGUGGAAUUUAAAGGAUAAAAAUAUUGUAUUGAUCGAGCAGCGUAUCAAGUCUGACAAUAAUUAGUAGUAGUAGUAGUAGUAGUAGUAAUUAAUUUUUCUCCUUGAAAACUUGUAGGACCACAUACAGUGACACGUGUGUCGUAGCAUUAGUGUAUAGAAUAAAAUAUUACAUUUUGUUUAGCUAUGCUAUGUUUUCUUGGCUUAUAUGGCUUCUCUUCGUACAUGGAGAAAUGAAAUUGUACAAGUAACUGAGAACAGUAUCUAAAAUGAAUGUAAUUGUCAAGACUUACGCCUAAUCCAACGAGUGAAUCUAAGAGAAAAAUAAUACGUUGAAAUAUUCAAACACUUUACUCCAAAGCUCAAGUCUCUUUAAUGGCAAGGAACACGCCUAACAAACUGUAAAAUCAAUGGAGACAGCUCUGCACUUUGUAGUUUUUUAUAGAUGUAGAUAGAUAUAGAUAAAGACUUUCAAACAA